AUGAAACUAUCGCUGCUAUUUUUGUUCGCCGUCAUUUUGAUCGCCGGGAGAGCAGAGCCGCUGGAUUUGAUCGAGGUAACUUGCAAAAUUCAUGCAAAAAAAAUGGGAAAAAAACGAUGAAAAUAGAACCUGUGCACCCCGGACAAAGUGUGUUUCUCGUCGCCAAAAGGAUGUGAGACCGAAGAUUGUGACGUCGUCAUUUCGGUAUUUUCACCUCUUUAUCCCACUUGUUCUAUUUCCUGCUUUUAGUUCACCGACAAUGAAACCCAGAUCUACAUGAACGAUAUCAAGGACUAUCAUUUCAUGCUUCUGUACAUUGAUAAAACAGUAACGCGAGCUAAUUUUUAUCGUUUUCCCAUGAGCUUUUUGAAGGGUCUCCCUCGCAAUGACAUUUUCGUUUGUUUCUCUGGAACUGACAAAUGUUUCUUCGGAAUUGAGCCGCCAGGCAAGUUGCAUUCCCUCACAAAGAAGCAGAACACCAUAAUGGACAUUAUCAACGAGAACAACGGAGCGUACAUGUUCACUUUCCCGAGAGUCAUCCUGGAUACAGGUGAUAACGUCACCUACUCCUUCCGCGAUGGAGAAGCUGGAGGUACAGCAUCUAGAAUUGUCCUGAAAAUGAUAUCAGAAGAGCAGCUAAGAUUUGAGCUAGUUAACUUAUUUCAGUUGAUGUAAUUGACGCACCGUCCACUCCUCUUUUUCACGUGAAUGGAACCGACUCAGUAAAAAAUCUGAUCGUAAGCCAACAAGAGAACAUUUUCACUUUUGUGCUUGAAUUUUUCAGGUGAGUCAGAAUGGAGAAGACGUGAAGGACAUCCACACAGAGUACGAGAGUCUCGAGGCCAUGGAGCCAACCGAUAGAAGCAAGAGGCUUGUCGCAGUCUCGAGAACAUUAAGAAAUGUUAAUCUGGAUGAAGUUAUUGCUAACAGAUUCAGAUCGUCUCUAUCGAAAUCCAUUUUUUAA